AAUUCUACUUUUCAAAUCUCAUUUCCAGCAUGUCGCAAAACAUCAUUUGAAAUGAAACGAAAAUAGUUUCAAUUUGUCGACUACCACCCAUUUCUUAUCGAAUGUGCCAACAAAUUAUAUUCUAGACAUUCAAAAGUUUUUAGAUUUAGCGUUGAUAUGGCAGAAGAAGCUAAUGGAGAGGUUCUAGAUAGCUGGGAGGAGUUUGAAGAUAAUGGGGAUCUUGACAAGAAACUUGAGGAAAUGAAAUUGAAGGAUUCUAAAAAGACUGCAUCUGAAGCAGUUGUAGUAGAGGAUGGUAAUAGAACUCAGUACACACCUCAAGUUCGCAUAUUGAAAAGGAAAUCUGACGCACACUCGACAGCGGCACAUGGCACAAGAGCUAAUAAUAAGCCAACAAAAACUUUGGAACAGCGAGAGGCAGAGUAUGCUGAAGCAAGGAAGAGAAUUUUAGGAUCGACAUCAUCAACAGAAGUGAAGGAAGAAACCAUGAUAACCAAUAAUAGACCACCUAGACUUAUGCAUUUGGAUGAAGCACGACAGAAUUUAAAUAAUAACUGUUCAGUAGCCAUUUUACGACAACCCCGAGGACCUGAUGGAACAGAUGGGUUUGAUCAGAAGGGCUAACCUUGGCAAAGAAUUUUUCUUGGAACUCUCAAAUAGUGUAUUACUGUCAAAUACUCAGUCCAGCGCACCCCAGUCCCUGCUGGCUGUCCUCCGAAUACAGCGCCGAGCUUAAUCCGACCGCAGGCACAGAAAUCGUGGUCAGCUGUCCCAUUCAAGGCUUAGCAUGCUCUCCCAACAAACUGCUACAGUGUGGACCAGUAUAGCAGCUUCUGCCCUUAACCCCCAAAGCAGUAGAUACACUGCAGCCUUCAAUGCUGUUAGAAAAUAUUAUUGUCUGAAGAGAGUCUUUCUAGCAAGAUACUACAUGUACAUGCAUCAAGAUAUUUGCAGUUAUUUGUGGUGUACAUGGGGAAAUGGUCCCAAGGACAAAUGCAUGUUGAUUUUCAAGCUAUGCUAAGGUGCCUUACGUAUUAAUAUGAAUUGUCAAAAAUAUAAGGGACACUUAAAUUUGGCUCAAAUUUUGAGGGCAGCUUAUUGUAAAUAAUAAUCUAUAGAAUAAAUCUUAUUAUUGUUUUAACAGUGAACAUGUAUUUAUAAUUAUUCUGUAAACCAAAAAGAUAGACGUCUUUUUUAAUUAUCAGCUAAACCACAUCUUCAGAAUUUGAGUCAAAUACAUGCAUGACGUAAGUAGAUACACAAAAACUGUUUUUGUAAGUUUUGUAUCUUUCAAUAUCGAAAAGAAUCAAAUUAUUCUAAAUUUAAAUUGACAGUUUUGUGUACUUAAUAGAAAAGUUUGUUUUAAUUCAUUUACUAUCUGUAUUUUAUUUUUAUGAACAGUUUUGAUUUUUACCUCCCACCUGUACAUAAGAAGUUACUAAACCUGUUGUAUGUACGUAAGUGUAAUGAAUGUACAUAAAUCAGAAUUCAUAAGCAUGAAAUGAAGCGUAAAGUUUCCACAAAACCAAUGUUUUUCAAAUGAAAAAUUGUUAUCUAUAACAUUUUGGUGAAAUGAUGAAAUCUGGUGUUGCCAUUUGGACUUGACUAAUCACCGCAACUCGGCUUUCUUAUUUAAACUUAAAAUGGUGUAGAUGGUAAACAAAAGUAAUGAUUUAAAAAUUAAGAUAUUCAAUUUAAGUGUAUAAUGAAUUUGUAUUAAUUAGUGGUUGAAAGCAAGCUAAAAUGAUAGCUUGGUCUCACUUCUUUUUUGUCCAAGAUGGGACAGGGAGUUAUUAUAAAAAAUCAAUCUUGUGAUUCAAAGACCAUUUUAAGAACAUCCGAUUUUUCACAUUUCAUAUACUGUUGUUCAUUACUAUUAAGGUGGCAAUGUCAUGGUUUUGUUUAAAGAAUUUUUUUCCAUAAUGAUUUUUAAUGUUUACAAUGUUUUUAAUGUAUUUCUAAUAGUCAACCAAAAUUUGAGUGUCAGCCACAGAGUUAUAAACCAGAGCUCACAAUCCUUUGUUAUGUAAACAAACUUUACAAAGCUCAGGUCAUGUUUUUAUUUACAUUUUAUAUGUUUAGAAUAAAAUUCCAGGUUUAGGCCUAAAAGGAAUGACAAACAUUAGGAACUGUUCAAAAUGAAUUAACAGAUAGCAAAAUCAGCUUGAGAAAGAACUUUUACUGAUAUAUUGAACCUAUAUAAGCUAAAAACAUGGCAUAUGAGCCUUUUUAUGUAAGGAAGAAUUGUGAGCUCUGUAUCUUGCUUAAAACUCUAUGACUGACACUCAGUUCGGUUAAUAAUUAGAAAUGCAUAUCUAAAGCAUUGAAGACAACAAGAAAUGUAAAAAUAAGAUUUGACCAAAUUCGUGACCUUGCGCCUUUAAUUGGCCUAAACUUUUGCAGAGUUUUGUUUCAAAAGUUUAUUCAGUAAAAUUUUUGUUUCCUAUUUUACUUCAUUGAAAAUUGAUCUUGUGGAUCUACUCUUAACAAAAUCCAUUAAAAUUGGUGCACAACAAAUAAUUAUUAAAGCACAGUAUCAUGACUGCACAUAAUUAAACCACAUCUUUAAGUCUUAAAAAGGAAAGUAAAUAUUUUCCUCUUAUUUUAGCAUUUUAAACCGUCAUUCUUGAUUUUGUUUAUGCAUUGUCCAUCAGCAGUAUAUAUGUUUUGCAUACAUUGUUGAAAAUUCUGAUGUUAAAAUUUAUGAUAUAUGUAUUGUCACAUUUUAUUAGUCAAGAAACUAACAUGUGACUUUACAACUUCUCGGCCUUACCAAUAUAGUACUUAAAAUACUUUGAAUGUAAUGCAGAUGUAAAAUUUUGUACAAAAUGAAUUAGUUUAAAACGGCUUGACGCAGUUGAAUAUCUGCUAUGUUUUAUAUAUAAUACAGAUGUAAACAUGGCAGAUAUUCAACUCCGUCAAGCCAAUUUAAACUAAUUCAUUUUGUACAAAAUUUUACAUCAGUAUUACGUAAAUUCAAAGUAUUCUAAGUACUAUAUAUAGGUUAGAUCUUUAGAUAUUAUAAAGUUUACAUGUUUACAUGUAAACUUUAUAAAAUCUAAUGAUCUAUAGCUCUAAGCACACAGAUUAUUGAUUAAUUAUAUCAAAUGAAAGUUAAAAGGAUGGUUACCAUGGAUACCUUUGUAAUAGUUAUACAUUCAAGGUUUCGUUUACAGUUGACAGAAAGGCCAGAUAAGUUGCAAUGACAGUAUUCAUUUUACAUACAAAUGUACCUGAUUGUGUGACACAUGUCUGUUUGCUUGUACUGGUUUGUUAAUUACGUAAUGACAAUUUGCAAUAUUGUGUAUAUGUUCAUUCUUAUAUAUUUUUUGAUAACAUGUAUCUAAAUAACUGAUUAUAACUCACCUAGAAGUAAUUAACAUUAUUUUAAAUUUUAAUUUGGCUCUCAUAUCAACUGUAUACAACAUUGAAGUUCUUGUUAAAUAGAUUAAUUACCGUAUCUUGAAUUGUAGCAAGACAUUGCAAAUAUUAUCAUUAAUGCUAAAGCAUCUAAUGAAUUGAGUUUGGAUUGAUUAUUACUUUUUUUGUGCAAGUACUUAAAGAUUGAAUAUGCCAUGCCAUUUCAUGUUGAAGGUAUACAUGUAUCAAAUACAUGUUAAUUAAACUUGCAGGUGAUAAGAAUGAUGACAGCUUGGAGCCUUUCAUUAUAUGUAUUACAGUUGAAGAAUGAUAGUAUAAUAAAGUAUUCACUUAAUGUUUGUAUCACUGAAUUAAUAAAAAACCUUUUGACUA